UGGUUUCCCCUGUAUUUGGGUAUUUUUUUUUAAUUCUCUGUAUACUGAGUGCUGGAGUUUAUGUUUUAGGCUGAAAGUUACAGCUUCUUAUGUGUUUGGGACAGUAUUAAUUUGGAAUUUGUCUUUUGAAUUUUGAAUCAGUUAUGCUUUUGGUUACCAAUUAUUUAAGUUAUUGAAAAGAUAUGAUUUUUUUUUGCCCCAUUAGCUUUUUAACUGUGAUGCUUAGAGAACUCCUAGCUUUUAAGAAGCCUUUGGACAUAUUAGCAAACAUUGGAGUGAAAUGGACCUAGAUGGAGUGGGAUGAGUUUUGAGGAUUUGUAUGGCAAUUCUGAACUAGUUUAGGAUUGAGGCAUAAUUAUUGUUUUUGUUGUAUAAAGAAGGGAGUAUUUGUUUAGUUGGGGAUUUGCUGCUGCAAGAGUGAAUGAUCUUCAUCAAGGAUAACUUAAUCCAAAAGAAGUAAAACCAUAGAGGAUAAACUAACGUAUAAGGCUGACUAUGGAGAUAUAAGUCAAGAGGAGGACUCUUUAUGGAGAAGAAUUAUCACAGCAAAAUAUGGAAAAAGUGAUUGCUGGUGCACUAACCGAGUUAGUUCUCCACAUGGUUAUGGACUGCGGAGAUAUAUUACAAGUUUAUUGCCUAAGUUUCGAAUACAUACUUUUCUGUAGGUUUUGGAUGGCCAGAAAUUAGGUUCUGGAAGGAUAUUUGGUUGGGAGAUCUUUCGAUUGGCGAUUCAUCCUGAUGUAACUAUAGUUCAUUGUAGAGCUUGAAAGAGUUUGGAGCAUCUCAUUUAGAAGGAAUUGCCAAGGCCCGAGAGUUUAGAGGACUUGAUUAAGCUUAUCACCAGAUUAGAAGGUAGCAACUGGCUGACCAGCGGGAAAGAUUUUUUGAGAUGGCUCAUGAUAGAAAGGCCUUAUAGGUUAAAUCAAGUGGACUUUGUGGUUGAUGAUCACGUCAGUGGUGAUGAGGAAGAGGGAACAGUUGUGGAACUCAGAACAGUAGAUGAAAAUUUGAUUGGAGGAAGUUCCAGUGAGGAGGCACUUCAUCAGGUGCAUGAUGUCAAGGUGGAUGAAGACCUUCCUGAAAGGGAAGACCUUUUAUUAGAAGAAGCACAAUCUCUGGAUAAUUCAACUUCAGAUGAACCUUUCGUUGGCCUGGAGUUUGAAUCUGAAGCUGCUGCACAUGCAUUUUAUAAUGCAUAUGCAACAAGGGUGGGUUUUAUCAUCCGGGUUAGCAAGCUUUCACGAUCUAGGCGCGAUGGCUCCGCCAUUGGUCGAGCACUUGUUUGCAACAAGGAGGGUUUUAGAAUGCCUGAUAAGCGGGAAAAGAUUGUGCGACAGAGAGCAGAAACUAGGGUUGGUUGCAGAGCAAUGAUAUUAGUUAGAAAAAUUAGCUCUGGAAAAUGGGUUGUCACAAAAUUUGUCAAGGAGCACUCUCAUCCAUUGUGCCCAGGCAAAGGUCGUAGGGACUUGAUCUAUGAUCAAUAUCCGAACGAGCAUGACAAAAUCCGGGAGCUAUCUCAACAACUGGCAGCUGAGAAAAAGCGAUCUGCAACAUAUAAGAGGCAUUUGGAAAUGAUAUUCGAGCACAUUGAGGAGCACAAUCAAUCUUUGUCCAAGAAGAUCCAAGAUAUUGUACACAAUGUAAGGGAGUUGGAGUCCAGAGAUCAACAUCAUCAUAGAUAGUUUUAGCUUAAUUUGCCUUUGUUGAUAUUAGUGUAGAACCUAAGUUCAGUAAAGAUCAUAAUGAUUAUUGUCUUGGCUUGCCUUUUUCUCUCUCUGUUAUCCUUUUCAUUUUCUUUGGGAAGAGUAUGAAAAAUUUAAGAUCAGAUCAUAUCUUAUUUUCACUUUUUUCUUUUCCUUUUCCUUUUGGGUAGAAUUGUGGAAAUGUAGGAAAAAUUGGCACAGAAUGUCUACUUCUGGUGCUUCCAUUGUAACAUUCUUUUGGAAAGUUGGAGUCAUUUUUUUCCAUUUUUGUAAAAUCUCAAGUCCAUUUCAUUA